AUGAAUUUUUUGCGAAGGUCAUGGAUUACAGCCCUCCUGCUGUUAAAUUUGCUGGUAAUGGGGUUGUUGCUUUACUUUGGGUGGACGGAGCCCAAGUGUGCUGGCGAAAGUGCAGGGAAAUUCAGUGUUGCUCUGAGAGUGCCGAAACAUGUGAUGUGUGUUGGAGAAAGGCUUCUGGUGGACGCAAAGACGGGGAAACUGGGGGACGUUAGUGGGAGCAAUGUUAUCCCGUUAAUGGUGGUCCCGCUCAUGCUUGAUCUGGAAGAAUUCAAAAAGAUGAUGUGCAAUAUCAGUGUGCCAAUCCGGCGGUUGCUCUUGGUGCAGAACGGCAGGGAGGCAGGGCUGCAGUUGCACCUGCAAGAACUUGAGAAGAUGUAUGGGUGGACUGGGCGCUUGACUGUGAAGCGUCACCCGGAAAACAUUGGGUAUAGCGGCGCUGCGAACAUUGGGUUGCGACUUGCACUCUCGCUCUCACGCGAGGAGGCGCCUUUUGUUUUUGUGACGAACAGUGACGUGAGCUUUUCCCCGGAGCUUUUUCUAAACCUCCUGCGUGACACGUAUACGAUGACGAAGGAUGACGCAGCUCGCAUGGAUGAGUUGGCGGCAGAAGUGGCUAAUGAGCCGAACGAGUACAGUCGAGGUUCCCAACGGAAAAUGAGGGUGCUGCGCUCCACGUCGAAGGACAGCCUUUUGUCGACCUCUGCGCUGCUUCCCGACCGCAUCCGUUACGCCCCUUCGGACGUACGUGAAAAGGAAUUUUCGCAGCACUACGGAUGCUUCUGUGUGAAUGACCAUGGGGCCUGUUUUACCUCUGUUAUGUUGACACGCUUAGCGAUCAGUACGGUGGGAUAUUUUGACGAGAACUUUUACCCAGCCUACUUUGAAGAUGUCGAGUACGGUUUCCGUCUCAAGUUGCUUGGGUUUAAGGAACGACAUAUCAAAUACGGCACCUUUGUGCAUGAAAUGGAUUUAAAUAUUCGUAUCGCCGAAAAACAGAAGUCAAAGGAAGCUAUCUGGUUCAGUCGUGUCAAACCAUUGGGGGCAACUUAUAAAUACGCCCUCGCGAAAUGGGGGCGUACGGGCAUGUGCUGCGGUGGGUACAAUGAGCCAUUUAAUGGCACGAUUCCUGUGGAUGUUUGGGUGAAGGAUGCGGCCCGCAUACGGCGCAUCCAGGCCUACGGUCGUGGAGAUCAGAAACGCAUUCCAAAUCUUGGCUACAAUAUGGCACUUUUGGAACGGGUCAUGACGAAAUCCUGA